GUUUUCACCAUCACUUUCGCCCUGUCAAGGGGAGCGUUCGGCUGCUUUGUUACUUGCUAUAAGACUUCUUGCCCUCGCAUCUGAACCCAUCUUUCGCCGCCGUAAGCCGCCUCGAGCGCCUGCGGCCAACCUCAUCGCAAAGAUGGAUUCCUCAAGAGGGCCCCCAAGGGUCAAGAAUAAGGCAGCGGCGCCUAUACAGAUCUCAGCCGAACAAUUGCUCCGUGAAGCCGUCGACCGACAGGAACCUGGACUCCAAGCGCCUACGCAGAGAUUUGCCGACCUCGAAGAGCUCCAUGAAUUUCAAGGUCGCAAACGCAAGGAAUUUGAGGACUAUGUUCGCCGCAACCGAAUUAAUAUGAAUAACUGGAUGCGAUAUGCACAAUGGGAACUUGAACAAAAGGAAUUCAGACGGGCGAGGUCAAUCUUCGAGCGAGCGUUGGACGUGGACAGCACGAGUGUCCAAUUAUGGAUCCGAUACAUCGAGGCUGAGAUGAAGACGAGGAACAUCAAUCAUGCUCGGAAUCUGUUGGACAGAGCUGUCACCAUUCUUCCGAGAAUUGAUAAGUUGUGGUACAAAUAUGUCUAUAUGGAAGAAACGCUGGGUAACGUGCCUGGCACAAGACAAGUCUUCGAGCGAUGGAUGAGCUGGGAGCCAGAUGAGACAGCUUGGCUGUCAUACAUUAAGUUGGAGAAGAGAUAUGGCGAAUAUGAUCGAGCCCGGGCGAUCUUUCAACGUUUUACUGUCGUUCAUCCCGAGCCACGGAAUUGGAUCAGAUGGGCCAAAUUUGAGGAAGAGAAUGGUACGAGCCAGCUGGUGCGUGAUGUCUUUGGGGUCGCUAUCGAAACACUGGGCGAUGACUUCAUGGACGAGAAGCUCUUCAUCGCCUAUGCACGAUAUGAGGCGAAGCUGAAAGAGUAUGAGAGAGCUCGGGCAAUCUACAAGUACGCUCUGGACCGAUUACCACGCUCGCAGUCGGUGGCGCUUCACAAAGCUUACACACAAUUCGAAAAGCAAUUUGGCAACCGUGAAGGGGUCGAAGAUGUGAUUCUUGCGAAGCGGCGAGUACAAUAUGAGGAGCAGCUGAAGACUAACCCGCGAAACUACGAUGUGUGGUUCGACCUUGCAAGGCUAGAAGAAGCUGGAGGCGACGUUGACCGGAUACGGGAUGUCUACGAGAGAGCAAUUGCCCAAGUGCCUCCCUCUCAGGAGAAGCGGCACUGGAGAAGAUAUAUUUAUCUGUGGAUCUUCUAUGCUUUGUGGGAGGAAAUGACCAACAAAGACGUGGACCGAGCAAGACAAGUCUACCAGGAGUGCUUGAAGCUAAUCCCGCACAAGAAAUGGACGUUUGCCAAGAUCUGGCUGCUGAAGGCACAAUUUGAGAUCCGGCAGAUGCAACUGCAGGCAGCGAGAAAGACCCUUGGACAAGCCAUCGGCAUGUGCCCGAAGGACAAGCUCUUUCGAGGAUAUAUUGAGCUCGAGAAGCAGCUAUUCGAAUUUCUCCGAUGCCGAACACUGUUUGAGAAACAGAUUGAAUGGAAUCCGUCCAACGGGCAAUCGUGGAUUCAAUUUGCUGAGCUUGAACGUGGGCUUGAUGACUUGGAGCGAGCGAGGGCAAUCUAUGAGCUGGCGAUCGAACAACCUACUCUCGACAUGCCGGAGCUGGUAUGGAAGGCAUACAUCGACUUUGAGGAGUAUGAAGAGGAAUAUGAUCGAGCUAGGGCAUUAUAUGAACGACUCCUGCGCAAGACGGAUCAUGUCAAAGUUUGGAUCAACUAUGCAAGGUUUGAAAUCAAUGUGCCGGAUGCAGAAGAGGCAGAGGUUGAAGGUGAACAAUCGACCGUCAGUGAAGAGGCUAAGGCACGAGCUCGGAAAAUCUUUGAGCGAGCUCAUGACCUUUUCAAGUCCAAAGAGAUGAAGGAGGAGCGAGUGGACUUGUUGAAUGCAUGGAAAUCCUUUGAGCAGACUCAUGGAUCACCUGAAGACAUUGAGAAGAUUGAAAACCAAAUGCCACGGAAGGUCAAGAAGAGGAGAAGAAUUGAGGAGGAUCGGUUUGAGGAGUACAUUGACUAUGUGUUCCCAGCUGACGACGAAAGUGCAGCCAAGAUGUCGAAACUGUUGCAGAUGGCACAUCAAUGGAAGGCGAGACAGCAGACCAACGGAUCAGCAGAAUAGUUUUGCGAUACUUACCUGGUAACAAUAAUGAUCAGCGAUGGACUAU